ACCCGAUCUAAUCCCAACUUGGCAAGCAACUAUCCAGCACGUGGAUGCAUGUGACCUUUACCACUUUGGGCCAUCCAUCCUUCUACUUUCACUACAACAACUACAAACAGACUCCCGGACUUAUACUAGUAUCUUAACUCGCUCUCCCACUCACUGUCCUUACCUUUGUCACUGGAACGGCUGCUACUGCUACUGUUAAAGCAGAUUUAAAGGCUACCGUGAACUCCGAGGUGCCAGAAGGAAGCGAAGGAGACACCGGUAGCAUGGAGCAGUCACCGUCGCAGAACAUCAUGCCCGGUCUGCACCGCGCACCAGUAGAUCCCGGCGCAUUGCCGCCACCUGAGUACUGGACCAACUUCGAACCUUUGUAUACAACCCCCGAUCCUUCCCAUCAACAUGCGCAUCCUCAACAACAUCAUCAACAACAACAACAACAACAGUUGCAUCAACAACCUACUCCUCAACCACAAUCGCAGCCUCAACAGCAGCCACAACAGGCACAGCAGCAGCAAUCACAACAGCCAUUGGGAAUUAGUUGGGAUCAUCCAGUCUUCAGUCAGAAUCCUCCAUCACGAAGUCCAUUGCCGACCCCUCAAGAUCAGAAUCAUGGCCUAUAUUCCUCGACCACCCCACAGUCAUGGCGAGCAACGGCUUUGCAUCCGCAGCCCAUUUUACCUGCAACCGCACAUCCGAUCGGUAUGACUCCUCAGUAUCGCCAAGCGCCGCAAUUCUCCUCAACACAUGCUGCAUAUGAAGCGCAGCCGAUCGCCGCUUCUGACAGCGCCCACUUCCCACCGUACACAUUCUCGCGAUCCUACUAUCCCCCUCAGAAUCUCUCCGUGCCGGAUGUCUACGCCCAAUCCCAUUCGCAUUCUCCUCCGACGGCGCAAGCACAGCCCCAGACAGCACAUUUCCGCCCGGAUCCGCAUCAACAUCAUGUCCAGUAUUCACUGCCUGCCGGCUAUGCGGAAGGAAAUUCGCACGUCCCGAUGAACUACCCCACGGAAUUCACUCAGUCGACGCCGACCGGCUCCGAACAAACCAUUAACCCACAGUACCUGAGCUCUGCACAGCAAGCUGCCAAUCAACAAUCCUCUCUCCACAACAACAAUAACCUUCUCUAUCUCAACCCCGAUGAACCAAAGCUCUACAACUUCUAUCGGGAAGACCUGCAAAUGCCACCCGCCUUGGGCCAGUCCGUAACACACAAUCAGCCUAUCGCUCCUAAACCCCAAUCGGCAUACGAGUUUGUGUUACCCAUCAACGGUAUGCUGUGUUACCUCUUAAUUGGUGGGAUUCCACUAACUCGCCUAGGUCCCAAUCUGUCUCAAUCACACGCGGCUGCAAAGGGCGCGAAACCAGUUAAGAAACCCGCUACGAAGAAACAGUCUACCCUGCAACCUAAGAAGACCACCGCCAAAGGAGCUAAUAAGAAGAUGGAUGGAGCCGCUGAAUCGUCGGAAUCGGAGACCGACAGUUCAGACUCGGAGCUUGAAAUUGAGAACCAGGAUCCCGAGGAAUCGUCUCCCCUCCCAGCGACUCGGCCUACUGAGCCUGAGGCGGCUGCCAAGUAUGAUGUCUUGAAGGCUGUGUGGUCCCCACGUAAUCGACGGCCGAAUGUGGACAAGGUCAAGAGUGCGCUGGUCGCAUUCAAAGAUGUUGUCAAGACCGUAAGAGAUGCAUGGAAAGACAGCUCUCAAGCCAUGAAGGCGGCGGAAAAUACAGGCAAUAAUGAGGAAGCGACCCGAUUGAAGAAGGACGUGGUCUUGCAGCGCCGUCUCAUGGAUGUGGUUGUCUGUGCGACUUUGGAAAUGGGCCAUCCAAUAAUCGUCGAGAAGUUGGGCGAACAUCCCAUUGCUGUGGCAGCUAUGUAUUCGUUCUUGUUAGAUCGACAUCAAGCCGCCGAUUUCGAUGGAGCAUUGACAGUGAAUAUCCUCAAGCUGCUUUCGCGCUUUGUGACCAUGGAUGAGGAUGUCCUUCAGAAAACGAAUGUGGCCAAGCUGUUGCCAAGGUUUGUCAAGAAAGGCGGUCCGGCUGUCAAGAAGUUGGCGCAGGAGAUAAUGGACAAUGCUGCGGCAUCCACCAAAAGGAAGCAGGACUCUGCGAAGCCUGCAGCCAAGGAUGGAUCGCCUAGUAAACAGACGAGCACCGUUCUUGGCGCCACCGCUUCUGAUGGCGCCCGGCCAGAGCUUGCUGGAUCCAAGAGACCCCGUGAUGCUGAAAGCAAUGGGCAGCCGGCAACGAAGCGAGUAGUUGUAACGUCCAAUAAUAAGAAUGCGUCGAAGCCCGGUGGCGCUGUUGCCGCUCCUAAGCGACCGCAAGACGCAGUCCUGGAUAACAAGGGAGCUUCAGCGCAGCCUUCUCGCCCGAAGACUAAUAUUGUAGCACCCAAGCCAACCAAUCUGUUUGGUAGUCUUUCUUCCGCCUCGAAACGGCCAGGGACAUCGAAUGCCGAACGUGCAGCAGCCGCAGCGGCUAAAACCAGUAACCCUCCGGAAAGGAGAGAACCCCAACCGGCACCUCCGCGACCGACCUUUUCUUUUGGUGAUUUAAUGGCAGAUUUGAACAAGCCGAAGGAGCCAGCCCCAGCGCAGCCAGCAGAGCCCAAAACACCCGAGACAGAAGAGGAACGGGAAAAGCGGCUUCGCAAGGAGGCUCGACGCAGACUCCGAGUGACCUGGAAGCCCGACGAAUCUCUCACGGAAGUCCGAUUGUUCACGCAUGAUCCUGAUGAGGAACUUGGUCCGGGCGAUCGCAUGCAGCGUGAAGCGGGUGACGUGAAGGGCGAAGGAAGCGUACUGAAGCUUCACCGCGAUCUUGACGAAGAGGAUGACGAGGAGGGUGGCAUUCGCGAGGAGCAAUUGCUUGAAUACUUUGUGCCGUCCGAAAUCGAUUUCGAUGAGAUGCCCUUUGAGGAGCGCGGUCGGAACUUCAUCAAGCGUGGUGGCGUUGAAAUCCCCGAGAGUGCAGAGAAGAAGGCGCAGGAGCAUCGUGAAGCCACCACUCUCAUGGUGUUCUAUACUUCCCCAGCGGAUGUGCCAUCCACACCCAAGGAGCCUCCUCAACCCGACACUGAGGAAGCAGUGCCCGAUGUGGUCUCAUUUGGCGAGGUUCCUGACCAUGUCAUGGCCCGGCAAAACCGUUAUUUCGCUGCGGUAAAACCUCAGCCGCCGGCUGCAGCCACGCCCGCGCCCGCGCCCGCGCCCGCAGCCACCGCCCAGGCCCCAUUCGAUAUCUCGAAUCUGCUCAAAAUUAUCCAGAGUGCUCCCCAACAACCAAAAUCGACCCCUCCACCUCAGACCCAGCCGGCACCUGCGCCAAUGUCAGAUCUCGAGCGGACUUUCAGCUUGUUCCGUCAGCCGCAGCCGCAGCCGCAGCCAGCAUCUCAGCCUCCAAUGCUACAGAUGCCCCAGUUUUCGGCUGCUCCCCAGGCUGCAGCAGGGCAGGCCAUUGACCUUCAGAACAUUCUGGCCAUCAUGAACGCCCAAAAGCAGAUGCAGCCGGCGGCCACAGCUCCGCAGGCCCCGCCGACCCAACCCAGCAUUGCGCCUAACCUCGCUGCCAUCUUUUCCCAGAUCAAUGGUCAGAGCCAACCCGGUGCGGGUAACAUGCCUCAGCAAUCUGUGCAUUUUGAGGAUCCCGAGCGCAAGCGCCUUCGGGAGACGGGCGCUUAUGACGGGGCCGACGACGACCGGUCCAGUUAUCCCAAGCGAAACAAAUAUAACGACCUGGGCAAGAAGCACCCCAAGGCAGGAUCUGUACCCUGUCGGUACUGGCAGAGCGGGAAAUGCCGCAAAGGUGACGAAUGCACAUAUCGCCACGAUCCGUUGAUCUAACCGUAAUAUUAUUUCCUUCUUGACCUCUGAUACCCUCUGGCCAUCCCUUUUCUUAUUCUUCCUUCCCAUACAUCUUUGCAUUUGCUCGACCCAAAAUUUACAUCCGAAGUGUACACUGUACCUUGCAUCUGCUCUGCUGCUGUCCAUUCUUCAGCGUCAUUGACGGUAUCUAUUAUGCCUGGCAAGCUGGUUUCCUUGCGACCGAGCAUCUGUGUGUUAAUGACAUGAUACCAUACUUCCGCGAUUGCAUAUCAUGCAUGGGAUUGCAUGGAGUUUGUUGAGUGUGGGUGACGAUCAUUCCUUUGAUUUUUUUUUGUUUUGAUGGCCAUAUCCUUUCUUCGGGGUUUAGUGUUGCGCGGCUGGGGUUAGCCACAUGGUUGUAUGGAUUAACAAGAUCAGUAUGUAUAUUAAUGAUGUUUAGCUG